AUGCUUGCAUUUGCUGGUGACCCCUGCCACGGCGGCAAGCACAGCAAGGAGCGGCUCACUGUCCUCGUUGGCAGCAACAUGUCAGGCAGCGAGAAGCUUCCGUUACUAGUAAUAGGCAAGUCGAAGCAUCCAAGAUGUUUCAAGGGGGCAGUAACUCUGCCUGUUCUCUAUGAAGCUAACAAGAAGGCGUGGGUAACGCAGCAGCUAUUCAAAGCGUAUGUACGCAAGCUGGACAGAAGGUUCGAGCAGCAAAAUCGAAGAGUUCUGCUGUUUGUGGAUAACUGCGCUGCGCAUGGCCACAUCAAGGACCUAAAGGCUGUACAGAUUGAAUUUCUGCCGCCAAACACCACAGCAAUCCUGCAGCCGAUGGACCAAGGCGUGAUUCGUAACCUGAAGCAUCAUUGCAAAUCACGCGUACUCAGCCGCAUGGUACUCUGCUCCGACAGCGGGAAAAGCUACGCUGUUGACCUCAGGUCUGCCGUCGGCAUGCUAGCGGAAUCGUGGAAGGCGGUUACGCAAGAGACUCUGCGGAACUGUUUUCGCCACGUGGGCUUCACACUCGACCUGCAAAAUAAGUCACCUGAUUGGAUGAAAAUGUCCUCCCGUUUCCCUAGGUCUGGCAUCUAG